GUAGUGGCCAGACACGAAUCGGUGCCUUCCGAGCGGUCAGAGAGAGACUGAUGACUGCUGCCGUAGCACCACAAAUGACGACGUCGAUGACGAUUGCGUCGAUGGCUGAAAAGGCGAAGCUUAAAAAGGAGCCGAUGAAGUCGCCGAUCGAGGAUACUGUGGAGAAAAUGCUCAGAAUCCGCUGGGUCGUCUGCCUUGGAGCUCUUCUCCCCGGAGCUGGAUGCUACUUUGUGGUCGCCUACACCUACCUGUUUCAAUUCGAAAAAGUGUCGAAUUUCACCGAAUGCAAAGAGUGUCCGAACAUGAAUAUAACGCUACCUCCUGUGUCCUACUCCAUCGGAAUAUGGCAGCCCCAGAAAUACAUUUGGAUGAUGAUAAUGUUUAUCCAUGUACCGCCCAGGUUAUUUUUCUUGAUGCUCUACCGCCGCUUAUUCCUCAUUUCCGCUCCAAAAUCUGUAUGGUACGCCAGAGUCAACUACGUCUAUAUGCUAACACUUUGGGCUGAGCCGUUAGGAUUGGUUUUGGUAUCGGUGGUGGAUAUUAAUGGGGGAUUUAUCCUUCACGCUCUUGGCUUUGCAAUUUGGAUCAUUUGCUUCAACUUCAACAUGUUGUUCAAUAUCAUUUUGCAUCAUUUUGGAGGUUGCAGGGAUGUUCAUGAUACGAUGGAAACCACAUGGCGAAUAAAAUGCGUCAUCUUCCUGGUUGGGUACUUCUGUGCCAUAUCAACGCCUAUAACGUACCCAUAUUUUACAGCACAUUGCUCCCCAUAUGCCUACAACCUCUUCUCGCUUGCUGAACUAAUUGAAGUUGGCUGUAAUUCCUUGUUCUAUUCAAUCGCCUACUUUGAAUUCCCCAAAACUCGCAUCACAAUCGGAAUCAAAAGUGUGCAGCGCAAUCUCAACGAGCUUGACAAGUCAGUGACGAAAAUGGCUCCAGCAUUACCUCGGAAGGAUUUCGUCUAAACUUUUUAUUUUUUCUGUAGAUUUUAAACCUCGAUUUCAACGGGUUCCCCAAUCCAGUGUUUGUACAUAUAGUUUACAAUUUUACAAUCAGUGAAUAAAAACGUGUAAUUUGUA